GCCGCCGGCCCGGGGAGGAUGGUGUCCCAGCUCAGCGCCCUGCAACGGGAGCUGCUGGGGGCCCUGCUCAGCUCCGGAGCCACCAAGGAAGGGCUGAUCCGCGCCUUGGAGGACAUGGUGCCGGCCGGAGGGUUCGGGGUGAAGCUGGAGAGCCUGCCGCUCUCUCCCGGCGGGCCCCCCGACGGCAAGGCCGCCUUCCCGCCGCUGGCCAACGGGCAUGGCAAGGGCAAGCUCUCGGGCGACGAGGGCUCGGAGGACGGCGACGACUUCGACACGCCGCAAAUCCUCCGGGAGCUGCAGGCGCUCAACACGGAGGAGGCGGUGGAGCAGCGGGCGGAGGUGGACAGGAUGAUCAGUGAGGACCCGUGGCGGGCGGCGAAGAUGAUCAAGGGGUACAUGCAGCAGCACAACAUCCCCCAGAGGGAGGUGGUGGAUGUCACUGGCCUCAACCAGUCCCACCUCUCCCAGCACCUCAACAAGGGCACCCCCAUGAAGACGCAGAAGAGAGCUGCCCUCUACACGUGGUACGUCCGCAAGCAGCGGGAGAUCCUCCGCCAGUUCAACCAGACAGUCCAGGGGUGUGGAAAUAGGACAGACAAAAGCAGUCAGGAUCAGCUGCUGUUUCUCUUUCCAGAGUUCAAUCAGCAGAACCAGGGGGCUGCCCAGCUCGACGAUGCCUGCUCUGAAACCCCCAGCAAGAAGCUGCGGCGCAACCGGUUCAAGUGGGGGCCGGCGUCCCAGCAAAUCUUGUACCAAGCCUACGACCGACAGAAGAACCCCAGCAAGGAGGAGCGGGAGGCUCUGGUGGAGGAAUGCAACAGGGCUGAGUGUCUGCAGCGUGGGGUAUCUCCCUCCAAGGCCCACGGGCUGGGCUCCAACCUGGUGACCGAAGUCCGGGUCUACAACUGGUUUGCCAACCGUCGGAAGGAGGAGGCUUUCCGCCAGAAGUUGGCCAUGGAUGCCUACAGCUCUGGCCAGCCCCCCCACACCAUGAACCUGCUGCUCUCCCACGGCUCCCCCCACCACAACCAGCCCAGUGCCUCUCCCCCCACCAAGAUGCCAGGGGUGCGGUACAGCCAGGCCAGCGGGGAGGCAGCAUCCUCCGGGGCCAUCAGCCACCACGGCAGCAGUGCCAUGGUCACCACCAGCCAGGCAGUCCUGCAGCAGGUCUCUCCGGCAGGCUUGGACCCGGGCCACGGUUUGCUCUCUCCCGACGGUAAAAUGAUCUCCGUGUCAGGGGGUGGGCUGCCCCCGGUCAGCACCCUGACCAACAUCCACAGCUUGUCCCACCACAACCCUCAGCAGUCCCAGAACCUCAUCAUGACACCUCUCUCUGGAGUCAUGGCCAUCGCACAGAGCCUCAACACCUCGCAGGCGCAGAGCGUUCCGGUUAUCAACAGCGUUGCUGGCAGCCUGGCAGCUCUGCAGCCCGUCCAGUUCUCCCAGCAGCUCCACAGCCCCCACCAGCAGCCACUGAUGCAGCAGUCUCCCAGCCAUAUGGCCCAGCAGCCUUUUAUGGCCACCGUGACCCAGCUGCAGAACUCGCACAUGUACACACACAAACAGGAGCCUCCCCAGUAUUCCCACACCUCCCGCUUCCCCUCGGCGAUGGUGGUGACAGACACCAGCAGCAUCAGCACCCUGACCAACAUGUCUUCCAGUAAGCAGUGUCCCCUGCAAGCCUGGUGAUGCUCCACACCUCGCUGCUUUUGCACAUAGCAACGGGAUCCUAUUUUUCCA